AUGGCUCUGGACGAUCCCGAAUUUAGUAGCCCGUACCGGAAUCUUCAAGCCAGCUCGAGUAAGAGCUCGAUCCGACGCGCCACUCAUUCUUCUAAGUGGCUUAACAUCCCAACAAAGAGUAAUGAUGAUAUCGCUGAAAUCAUCACCCUAGUUGAGCUGAUCGAGAAAGGAGAUAAAGUGGGUUCCUCUGAGGCUGCCCUCCUGACUAAACUUAGGAUGAAGACAUUCUCAUAUGGGUUUAUGAUUCUCUCUGUCUAUGACAAUGGAUCUGUCUUAAGCCCAGAAGUGCUCAACCUCACGAAGGAUGGCCUCAUUGACAAGUUUGUAGCUGGUGUUUCUAUGGUCGCUUCGCUGUCCUUGACUCUCUCUUACCCAACUCUUGUAGCUGCGCAUCACAUGUUCGUCAAUACCUACAAGAACGUCCUUGCUGUUGUUGUUGUUCCUGUUGUAUCUGCUAAGAAUGCUGCUGCUCCUACCUUUAAGGAAGUAGAGAAGAAGGACGAGCCUGUCGAUGAGUUUGAUGAUGACUUGGGAUUUGGUUUGUUUGAUUAA